CCGCUCGCCCGCCGCCCCGCAUGGAGCUGUCAGCCAUCGGCGAGCAGGUGUUCGCCGUAGAGAGCAUCCGGAAGAAGCGCGUGCGGAAGGGUAAAGUUGAAUACUUGGUGAAGUGGAAAGGAUGGCCCCCAAAGUACAGCACGUGGGAGCCGGAGGAACACAUCCUGGACCCCCGCCUGGUCAUGGCAUACGAGGAGAAGGAGGAGAGAGACCGAGCGUCGGGGUAUAGGAAGAGAGGUCCGAAACCCAAACGGCUUCUGCUGCAGCGGCUGUACGGCAUGGACCUGCGGAGCUCCCACAAGGCCAAGGGCGAGGAGAAGCUCUGCUUCUCCCUGACGCGCCCACUCGGCAGCGGGAGCCCCGAGGGGGUGGUCAAGGCGGGGGCGCCCGAGCUGGCGGACAAGGGCCCCUUGGUGCCCACCCUGCCCUUCCCGCUCCGCAAGCCCCGCAAGGCCCACAAGUACCUGCGGCUCUCACGCAAGAAGUUCCCGCCCCGCGGGCCCAACCUGGAGAGUCACAGCCAUCGACGGGAGCUCUUCCUGCAGGAGUCACCGGCCCAGGACGUCCUGCAGGCGGCCAGCGAGUGGGAGCCUGCCGAGCAGCCCCCCGAAGAGGAGGGUAAGGCAGCCCGGCCCCCGGCUCAGACCCAGGGACCCUCAGAGCUGGCAAGGCCCCUCGAGUUGUCAGGGCCCAGAGAGGGUCCCCUCAGCCUGCGGGGCACCCUGGCACCUAGCCCAGAGUUAUUUGCGUGGUCCCACUGGGAAGGAGUGCGUGUCCAGCCAGGGAAGAUAAAUGUAACCUCUCCCCUUGUGGCCAGCCUCGAACUAGGCUCUGACCUGGCUGGAAACUCAACGUUAUGGUGUUGGGUGACAUUUUCAGAGCUGGGGCAGGGCGGGGCCUGGGGAGGCCUGGCACUGCUCUGUCACUUGGGGCGCCGUCUCCAGGGCAGGACGGGGACAGGGCCAGCCUCCCCCGAACCCCUCUGGCCUGCUUCUUCUCCGGAGAGACAGCAACUGGUCCCGGGACUAAAGGAGGACGGGAAGACCUGA